AGACCCUUCCUGACAAGAUGAGUCCCACCAGGUUCUUCCUCCUUACAGUGCUCCUUGUUCUGGUGACAGAAGCAGCCUCAAGGAGGCCCCGUGAGAAAUUCUCACAGUCGGCUGAAGACUUUUCUAGUGAAAGUUCUGAAGCAAAACUCCCCAAAAGCAUCAUCCGUGAGGAUGUCUAUGAGGAAAAGAAGUUUACACGAGAUAUGGCCAGCAGCGAUGAUGGCGACGACAAGAGGAGUUUAUCUGCAGGGGAAAUAGAGCGGUCUUUCACACGGAAAAAGGACAAGCCACGGUUUGCACAAGAAAUGAAUGAAUAAAAUGACUACAAAGGAACUGAAGACCUGGACAGAAAUAAUGGAGCCAUACAGUGUCAAUGAAGCUUGUCUUGUCUUCAGGAUGGAGAGACUCCUGGGAGGUCCCAGACACAAUUCAUGGAUUUCAUUUCCUUCUCAAACUUGUUUUUGAGAUUCCUAAACCCAAUGGUUAUGAAAAUAUCAUUUUUCCAAUAAAAAGAGAACAUUUCGCAUCAUUACG